AUGACGGAAUGUGGCGGCGUUCACGUACCGUGCGAAUCCUUGUGUAGACGGCCAUUAUCGAGCAGUUUGAGGGGGGAAGAGGCAUCGGACUUAGAUGAAGCCUCAUAUUUUGCAAUGAUGAGGAUGACGCUGCAUGGGCGUGGCGUCAUGCCUCUUAACUCGGCUCUCAGUGAAGGAGGGCACGAGGCGUCUUCUCGGGAGCACAACGUGGCGUUGGGAGAUGUCGCCUCCAUCACUGUACAGCUGAGAAUAGAAGGAGGCAUACUGUUGGAAAUGGAUGCCGGGAGGAGUCCUGGGCAUAAGCCUCAAGCAACGCCUUUAGCGAAUCAGUGGGGUGGCCCACAGACGCAGCCGCCUCCUUCGUCUAUUAUUUUGUUGAAGCUGCAAGACGGUGGUGAGGUUGAAAUUUGUGGGGUCUCCAUCGCAGGUAAUGAUCUCUUUGUUGGGCAGUCUGCACGUUGGCCGGCAGAGUCAAAUUAA